AUCACCUCCUAGAACAGGAGGGAGAACCGCUGCUGUCCAGCAGGUCCAGUUGGUCCCGCUCAUUUAAACAGGAAUGUUCUGACAGCAGGUUGUUUGUCUGGUUUCCUGUAAUCCUUCCUGUUCUUCAGUGUGUAACUGAUCCCAGAGCAGCUCUCUGAUCCAUAAUCUGCUCUAAUCUGUUAAUCUGUCCUCCUCUGGUCCGACUCGUUCAGAUCUCAGUCUGCUCCGACCUGCAGGGAUGAAAGCUGCAGCUCCAGAGGACUUCCUGGUUCUGCCAUGGCCCGGCAGCAGCAGUGGUGGGUCAGAACCCGGGCCGGGGGGGGACGGUUACGGAGGCGUGCUGCUGAAGUGUGGAGCUGCUGUGGGAGUCACUCUGAUCUGUGUGGUCGUGCUCAGGAAGUGGAUUGCAGGAGGAGUGUGCCGAUGUUCGGUCCGUCUAGAUGGAAAGACGGUUCUGGUGACCGGAGCAAACACAGGCAUUGGAAAAGAGACCUGCAGAGACCUGGCAGGAAGAGACGGAUGUGUUGGAUCCGUUCACCAGGAGCCCGGGUGGUGAUGGCGUGCAGAGACCUGGCCCGGGCGGAGCGGGCGGCGGAGGAGAUCCGGCAGUCGACGGGAAAUGGCAACGUGGUGAUUCGACACCUGGACCUGGCGUCCGUUUACUCUGUCUCACAGUUUGCUAAGGACUUCCUGGAUAGUGAAGACAGACUGGACAUUCUGGUCAACAACGCAGGUGUGAUGAUGUGUCCCAGGUGGAUCACAGAAGAUGGCUUUGAGACUCAGAUAGCUGUCAAUCAUCUGGGUCACUUCCUGUUGACAAAUCUGCUGCUGCCGAUGCUAAAAAGCUGCGCCCCCAGCCGUGUGAUCAACGUAUCGUCUAUCGCCCACCGGGGAGGCCGUAUGGACUUUGAUGACUUGUUCUUCAGCAGAAGACCGUACAGCGCUCUGGAGAGCUACAGGCAGAGCAAACUGGCCAACGUCCUGUUCACACGAGAACUGGCUCGACGGCUCAAAGGUUCAGGUGUGUCGGCCUUCUGUCUCCACCCCGGGGUGAUCCGCACUGAGCUCGGUCGUCACGUAGAGGGCUGGAUCCCCCUGCUGGGGGCAGUGCUGAGGCUCCCUGCCCUGCUGCUGAUGAAGACCCCCAGGCAGGGCAGCCAGACCAGCGUGUUCUGUGCCGUGACUCCAGGCCUGGAGGAUCUGUCAGGCCGAUACUUCAGAGAAGGAGGCGGCGCCAGAGGGGCGGGACGACGAGGCGGCCCGCAGGCUGUGGGAGGAGAGCGCCCGAUUGGUCAGACUCAACGACACGCGCUGACCUCCGAUAGGCCGGUCAACAUCCAGACAGGAAGCUGCAGAGGGGCAGCAGCGCCCCCAUGUGGACGGAGUAAAGAAGAGACGACACCGUCAACAUCAUCAGGUGUUCCUGGACCAGUCCAGGUGUAGCAGGUGUGGGGCGGAGCAGCAACUCUCCAGUCUGGGUUCAAACAUCACCGCUUUGAUUUUCCAGGUCUAACCCAGAGCCGCUGCUCCUGCCAUGGUUCUGUAAAAACCCAAACCUGGAACCGGGUCAUUGUCACUCACCUGCCUCGUCCUCGUCUCUGAUUGGUUCUUUGUCUCCAGGAGCCCACCUCUAGCUCAUAUUGAAACCAGAUCUUUUCUCCAGUCCAGACUGGAUCUGAGGUUGUUUUACGGUGCCAGGGUCCUAAAAUGAACCCGGCUGCCCCCCCCCCCCCCCCCCCUCACCUGGCAGCCGGGACAGCGUUCAGCACACCUGUGAAGCCAAAGGCUGAUCUUAUACCUCAUAUAAGAUUACAUUGAAUACCUUUUAUUAUCCUCUUUACAUAUCAUAGAAUAUGUCCUGAUGUUUUGUCUAAAAUGUCCUUGUGUUGUUGUUUCAUUUUGCUCUCAUUCAUCAAUCACCUAUUUGUAGUUCAAAGUAAAUUAUAUCUUCCUACAUAGAAUUAAUCACAAACCAUUUGUUUACUAGUGUUUAAUAACUUAAACACUAAUUUCUGAACAAAGCCUGUAUCACUUCAUUUGUAGAGAAAAAUAAUAAAGUAACCAAACCUUCACA